UCAUCAUUUGUACAAAAAAAAAAGAAAAAAAGAAUUAUCAAUAUCUUCUUUCACAAUGCUUUCAAACUUGUUGUUCAUUUGUUUCCUAUUUUCAUCCUUAAUUUUCACAGCCCAUUCUUAUAAUAACAAAUGCCUUCGUCAUCAGGAAACCAUGUUGCUUCAACUCAAGCAAGAGUUGAUCUUCGAUUCCUAUUUUUCAACAAAACUUGUGCGAUGGAAUGAAAGUGGGGAGUGCUGCAAGUGGCACGGUGUGGAAUGUGAUGCUUCUGGCUACGUCGUUAGUUUGCAGCUUGAUGGUGAGGCCAUUUCUGGUGGAAUUGGUAACUCGUCAAGUCUCUUCGGAUUUAAAUAUCUGCAGAAGCUUAACCUUGCCUACAAUGUCUUCAGGCAGAAGACUAUUCCAAAAGGAAUUGGCAAUCUGACUUGUCUGACACAUUUGAAUUUGUCAUAUGCUGGUUUUGUUGGGCAGGUUCCUUCUGAAGUUUCAUUGUUAACCAAAUUGGCUAGUCUCGAUAUCUCUGACGACUACUUUCGUAAUACUCUUAGCCUCGAGCACCCAAAUUCGGAGAUGCUUGUCCAAAAUCUAACCGAGCUUAGAGAGCUCUAUCUUGAUGGUGUCAAUAUGACUUCCUUCCAUGAAAGGGAAAGUUGGGGCAAUAUUAUAUCAUCACAUUUACCCAACCUCACCACUUUGAGCUUGGUUCAUUGCAGUCUUCAUGGCCCUUUGCCUAAAUCCUUUUGGCAACUUCAUUCCCUUUCUAUUCUUCAACUAGAUGGGAACAAUCUUUCAGCAGUAGCACUUGAUGAUUUGUUCACCAAUUUUCCAAGUCUGACCACCUUAACUCUUAGUGAGUGCAGUUUGAAGGGUUCAAUACCAUCCACCUUGGCUAACCUAACCAAGCUGAUUCAUGUGAAUUUGGCAUAUAACUUAUUGACAGGCUCACUUCCUUCUACAUUGUUUGCUAAACAAACAGAUCUGAUUCAUGUUGAUUUGUCACGUAACUCGUUGACAGGCUCACUUCAUUCCACAUUGUUUGCUAACCUAACAAAGCUGAUUCAUGUCGAUUUGUCAUAUAACUCCUUUACAGGCUCACUUCCUUUUGAUAACCUAACAAAGCUGAUUCAUGUCGAUUUGUCAUAUAACUCCUUGACAGGCUCACUUUCUCCUACUAUAUUUGAAGGUCUAUCGAAUCUCGUUCAUCUUGAUUUGAGUAAUAAUUCAUUCUAUGGUAACAUCCCCCGCUCUCUUUCUGCUCUCCCGUCAUUGUUGGAACUUGAUCUUAGUUCCAACCAAUUUAAUGGCACUGUUCAACUGGGAGACUGAUACAGACCAAACGGGAGAACUCAUCCCAAAAGACUAGCCUGUUAGGAGAGAGAGCCCACUUAGUCUAUAUACCCCACAUCAGUUGUUCUCACAACCGAUGUGGGAAUUGAGUCCGUAACAUU